AGAGAUCCUUGGACAGACCCACAGGAGAAGAGUCAGUUUUCCAGCUUUGGUAACUUGGAUGUUAUUAAUUUAUUCUAAUUUUUAAUGAGAUUUAUUUUAUGAGACGUCGUUUUUUUGCUUGAUGUAGAGCCCAGGACCACUUUGGAUUUGGGAAAAAGCAGCCACUUCCUAAACUCCAUCUGAUCCUUGAACAUGUGAUUUUUGAAAUGAGUGAGUCAACUUUUUGACAUCAGUGCAUCUGGGGAGCUGCAGCCACAUACUGCAGCAGGACAAAGACAAUCCUGAGCACUGGUCAGCCGAUAAAGUAAGUUCUGAGCUUUGAUUGAUCUCCAGGUUUGACCACAGACUGAUAUUUACCUCCUCUGUUUGUGAUACUCAAAGUUGGUCAAAAAAUCACUUUACUUUUCUUUAUUUUGAAAUUACAUCAUAUGACUCAAUGAGAAAGUUUUAAGAGGAGAUAUUUGUGACCAUUGUCAAUAUUUACCCAUUUGACUCCAUGUGUUUAUGGUGUUGACCGUGGUUGUUGUGGCUGGAUUCAGAGCCUGCUCUUCUGUUGACUGUGAGACAGUUGUGUGUUGAUCCUGGCUGGUUGAUGUUGACUGUUGUCCCCCCAAUGUUGACCUGCUAAUAAAUUCCAGCAAGGGGGCAAAGUGUGUGCCUUUACUUUGAAAGAAACAUCUGGGGACCCACAACACCAACACAGUUUCAUUGAAUGCAAAGUUUUUCACAUUUUUAACCUUGCGUGGUUUUUCCUCAAAGAAUUGUCUCCUCUGCUACCAGGGGGGGUCCUCGGGAGUCAAGCACAUCCAUGGAGAAGACACUAACAGUGGGCCUGACUCUUUUCUUAACACUCUGUCUGAACAUACCAGGAGCUGGAGGACUGAAAGAUGCUCCACGCGGCGAGGAUACCCAGAAACGUUCCUCAAGAUCUUCAGACAAUAAAGGAGGCCGUUGCUCCUACACUUUUAUUGUCCCGCAGCAGAAACUGACAGGCGCUCUGUGUUUGAACACACAGUCUGUGACCACCAACCACUCAGAGGUGGCGGCACUGCGGUUGGAGCUCAAACGGCAGCAGGAGCAGAUGGAGAAGCUCCAGGGCCAGCUGGAGCAGGAGGGGUCCCUUGCAAUGGAAGUUAGGGCCCUACGUAAAGAGAGCAGCAACAUGAAUUCACGCAUCGCACAGCUCUACGCCCAGCUGCUGCAUGAAGUCAUGCAAAAGAAAGACCAGGCUUUGGAGCAGCGGCGGGUGGAGAACCUCCUGUUAAAUGCCACAACACAGGUAAGCAGAGAAGUAUUGAUGCCACAGUCAAGAUAAAUAACUCCAAAUCACUAUCAAACUCUUCUCUACAUUUGCUGGUGCAACAGGCUCUGCAGGUGUCCAGCAACUACAGGGAGCUGGAGAAGAAAUACGGAGCCCUCACCUCCAUGAUGAGCUCUCAAAACCAGUUUAUCGCUCGCUUGGAGAAGCAGUGCCAGUGCAGAGACUCCGCACAGUCUUCUCUCGUAGGGAACAAGAUGUACAUUUUGUUCUAAUGCGGAGUUUUCACACAACAGCUGACAAUGAUGUGUUAUUUUUGUAUCUGUCUGGACAGGUGACGACUGAACCGCCACAGAGCCAGUCUAAUGUACAUCCAAAUUACAGCUCUGACGCCAAGGAAAUGACCAACGAUGUUCAAAGGGACCAAAGUGCUCCACCACCACAGAAAGAAACAACCGCACAGUCCCUCCCCAGCACUACAGCCAGCACUCCUACAGAUCUUCCUUUCAUUAGUUUCCCUGUCACAAAGACUCCAGGUAAUGCAGUGUAACGCUGCAGAGAUACUUGAUGAGACUUGAACCCGUGUGUAUGAAAGCAUCUAUCUUCUGUCAGAGUUAUUUAGCUGCUCAGAUAAGCCGAAGCUGAAGGAGUCAGUGACCUGCUGGCUGGAGCUCUAUCUCUCUGGGAACUCCUAAACAAUGUCAGACUCAGCUCACAGUUUUUAUCGGGAUACCGAGCACGUGGUUUUAAAUGUUCCUGCUGCUGUAAAACUUGAACAGCCUGAUUGCUUACAUUUAUAAAGCAGAAGAUUUCAGCUGUCCCGCUGACAAAUCAGCACUUUAGUGACUCCACAGUAUGUGUCACUUCCUCUUUAAUCUAAUGAAAGAACAUGCAUUGCUACAUCUUGAUGUGGACAUGGCUAAGACUGACUGGGCUCUCACUUGUCAGGGAAAGUCAUUGAUCAUUGUGUAAGAAACUCCCUGAGUGUUUACAGUUUCCCCGUGUAGACCCCUCAGUUUAUCUUAUCACCUUGGAAUGAGACACUGACCCUGAAAGCUGAACAAAAAGAAUUUCAAACUCUCUAUAAACAUUUAAACUGCCCAAGCUGUACUGAAAAUUGAGCAAAACUGAUGCAUUUGACACAAACAAGAUCUGUAGAAACAAAAAACAUGAAAAAGAGAAAUCCAAUUUGAGAAAACAAUGACAAGUUUAUAACAUCAAGAGUCAUGACACAUCCUUAACACGUCUUAGAUUUAGAUUAUUAUAAUGUAAGAUCUUAUUUUUUACGUAAUAGAGUCCAAAAAAAUUGGAUGGCUCUCCAUCUGAAAUAUAUCUGCAGUAGGAAAAUUCUGAGGCGACCAAUUUCUAAGCUAUUUCAUCAAAUUCUAAAUAAGUCAAACCGUUUUGAAAACACUCUGGCACAACUUCAUAGACACAGGAUUACAGAGUCUGCAAUGUCACAUAGUUUGCAGGAUGUGGCGAGUCUGACUAGAAGCAACACACCACCAUGUGGUCCCCUGUUUAGGCUGCCAACCACAUGCUGAGGCAGUGAUGCAUAUUUCCAUUGAAGUAAUAAAAUUAUGUACCUGUAUAACUAGACACAACUGCUGUCUGCACUUCCUGGAUCAAAAGUGCCAAAAUGUGCCACAAGACCAGAUUCAAUCAGUCAUCUGUGCUGAGUUACAUUAAAGUGGAGGAUAGCAUUAUGGCCUAGAUGAAUGGCAGGUGGUCAUGUACAACAUAACAUAGUCAUUUGUUUACCAGACACGUUAUUCUGUUGCUUUUCGAGUUAGUGUAUCAAAGUUCACUUGUUUUAAUGUUCACUGACUAAUAAUGUUAGCUGACUUUUUUUUUCUGGGUUUGCCUCUUUGCAUGACAAUUCGUGGUCUUUACUGCAGCAUAUUACGCCCACAUUCACAACGCAUGAACAGAGGAAGGAAGGGCAAGAAUAUGAGACAGCAAACCUGGCCUCUAGAUGAAAAAGAACAGGGUGUAGCAAACACUGAUUAUAACGCAAGUUGCAAGAUAAGCAAAAAGUCUUUAUACAUGAGUGAAUUUAUCCUACAAUCUUUAAAAAGGUGCAACAAUAACAGUUCAAGAACAAAGUUUCAUUAACUGGUUUGACUCCCUCAACAUGUUAAAUUUGCAUUUCAACGUUGUAAAUAUGCAAAUGCAUUUGGUGUUAUGACUCACUUUCAUAUGCAUCUCUCUCAUUUCAGGCCCGUGGAGGGACUGCCAGCAUGUACUGGAAUCAGGUGAGACCACAAGUGGAAUUUACCUACUGCGCCCACAGAGCGCAAACCGCCUCCUGCAGGCCUGGUGCGAGCAGAGCCAGGCUCAGGGAGGCUGGACAGUCAUCCAGAGGAGACAGGAUGGGUCGGUCAACUUCUUCAGGACUUGGGAGCAGUACAAGGUGAUUCUACACACCUCAAGUCUACAAUAACAGUCUGAUCCUCUGUAUGAGAGUCUACAGCCAUGCUGCGGUGGCUAAUGUAAGAGUGCUGACUUGAUGUUUGCAGCUAUAAUGUUGGUCUAAGGGGAAAGUUGGUCAUAUUUAUCCUCUGGGUGGAAUAAAUGACCUGUCUGCUCCAAUUUUGGAGCUAAUUCAUCCAGUGUUGGGAUGUUUUAUUAGAUAAACAAACUACACCUCCCUCACUGUGGGUGAAGUUAAAGGAUCAGCAAAAGUCAGACAGAUUUAUCCUCAGGAGAACACGAAUGAUUGUCUAGGUCAAAACAGUGCAGAAAACAGCAGCUGUGGCGCAGUGAUCGGAUGAUUUUGUGGCUGAUAAAUGACAUAAAAAUUGAUUAAAAAAACAUAAACUGCAUUCUUACUCUCAGAUUAAACUAGCGUGUUUCUAUUUUGCAGCAAGGCUUUGGGAACCUAGAUGGGGAGUACUGGCUUGGCUUGGAACAUCUCUACUGGUUAACUAAACAGGCCCAGUAUAAGCUGAGGGUGGUUCUGGAGGACUGGCAGGGCCGGCAGGUGUUUGCUGAGUAUGACAGCUUCCAUUUGGAACCAGAGAGUGACUGGUACCGACUGCGGUUAGGACAGUACCAGGGCAGCGCGGGGGACUCCCUCUCAUGGCACAACAACAAAGCUUUCACGACUCUGGAUCGAGACAAGGAUAGCUAUUCAGGUCUGCUCCUUCAAUCCUUCAGAUGGUUCGCUCUCUGUUUGUGUUUAGAUCACUUCAUUUGAUGAGUCUGUUCUUCGCUUUGGUUCCAGGUAACUGUGCUCAUUACCAAAAGGGAGGCUGGUGGUACCACAUGUGCGCUCACUCCAAUCUGAACGGUGUGUGGUAUCGAGGUGGACACUAUCGCAGCCGCUAUCAGGACGGGGUCUACUGGGCGGAGUUCCACGGAGGGUCUUACUCUCUGAAACGAGUUUCCUUGAUGAUCAAACCCACAUAACACAAUUCUGUUCUGAAAAUGUCAGGAACAAAAGUCCUAUAGUUUAUGUAUAAAGAGUAGACAUCACCAUAAACUCUAUACAGUAGGCUGAUGCACUGACAGGAAUAGUGCAUGUCCCAAGUGUGGAGCAAUUUAAUGAAUCAACAAUACACAAUGUUGUAUUUGUGUGCCGAACACUACAGAAGAUUAUUCCUGACACUAAGGAGUUUAAAAAUAAGGAUCAGCAUCAUGUUAUAACUUGCAAAAAGAUAUUUUCAUGCAAGAGCAUAAAAUGUUGAGUAUUAUAAUAGAAAAACUUCUCACAUUUUGACAUAUUCUUGAAGAUUAUGCCUAAUAACAGCAUUUGGUUGAAUUCUACUGUGUUUCGAUUUAGCUUUUAUUGCAAAAACAAUAUAAAAUGUCACUUUGUAUAGUGUGAGAUAUCUUUUAAUAAUGAAAAUAAUAAUCAUUUCAUGUAGUAACAUGAAACUGAUCCUUACUUUGAUACUCCAGACUGGCAGCGAUACAUUACACAGAGCGGUCCAGGGAAAAAAAGUACAUUUUGUCUUAGUUUCAGUUUCUUCCUCAUGUCAGAGGGUGCACGCUGAAAACAGACCAGCUGUAAUAGUGAUGAAGAUCUGAUAGUAUAGCUGAAUAGAUGCUUUUCCACCAAAACACUAAAUGCACCAUGUGGAAGAUGAUUUUUUAUUUGUAUGAUAUUUUUACUGUUUUUUCAUAUUUAUAUUUUUCAAUAUGAUCAACGGUCCACAUUCAGGUUGUUAGCGGGCUGCGUUUGGUCCACAGGCCACAUAUUGAACAACCCUGCUGUACAGUGUUUGGUUUGUGCAUCUGGCUUUUCUUUACAUCUCCAUCAGAGACCAGCUAAUGCCUGUAAAAUUGAAGCAGUUUGUUGGAUUGAUAUGUUUUAUCCUAUUCUGCUCUGUUUUUGAUAGAAUUUGAUGUUUGUCAUUUUGCAAUGUAUGUUUCAAUAAACAAUACCAAAUAAGA